AAGAACCAAGACACACCGGGGCUUUUAGUUUCGGAGCUCAGUGAAGAGCCUUGGAAGGGGAAAGUGAUCACGUUUAGUUCGCAUCCUGAGAUUCACUUGAUUCAGGGGGAUACUCUUCUGAAAAAGACUCAAUUCAUAAGGAGGAUGGAUUGGGGUGGUAAUACAGACUUCCAGAAAGUUUUUGACCAAAUCUUGAAAGUCGCGGUUGAGGGCAAGCUGACAGAAGACCAACUGAUCAAGAGGGUAGUUGUUUUCAGUGAUAUGGAAUUUGAUCAGGCGUCUAGGCAUUAUUAUGGUUCGAAUCCAUGGGAAACAGAUUAUGAAAUUAUACAGAGGAAGUUCCGGGAGAGAGGAUACAACAAGGUGCCGGAAAUUGUGUUUUGGAACCUUAGGCACUCGUCGUCGACUCCGGUGGUUGCGAGGCAAAGUGGGGUGGCGCUUGUGAGUGGGUUUUCGAAGAAUUUGUUGACUGUGUUCUUGGAGGAAGGUGGCAUCGUAAAUCCUGAGGUUGUAAAAUGGGAUUAGCUAUCUCUGGUGAAGAGUACCAGAAACUUGUUGUGUAUUAUUGAUAUGCAUGUCAUCAAUGUCACAGGAACCUCAUGAAUGAUAUUUUGUGAAAGUUUGAUGUUGCUUCUUUA